CAACUGUUAUUUUAUAUUUUACAAAAGAAACUUUCACAAUAGAAAAUGACAAUUCAUAAUUUAUAACCGAAAGACCAAUUUAAGUUAUGGAGGAAAGUUAAUUAUAGACCCAAAUAUCUAUCUUAGCAAAUUGGAUAGAUUUUAUACAUGGCUUACAAAUAAACUAAAAAUAGGAUAAUAAAAUAAUAAAUUGUGCCUAUAAAAACCUGUUGAUUUUAAACAAUACACAAUAAUAUUUUUUUGGAGAACAAAACAAUAUGUUUAAUCCCAGGAUUGGGCUCUUUUUUAUUGUAUGUUCAUUUUUGUUGUGUGCUUUCUCAUUUGCAACAACGGUUGAAUAUGAUACAAAUGCCAUUAUCAUCAAUGGAGAACGACGAAUAAUAAUAUCUGGUGCAAUCCACUACCCACGCAGCACUUCCCAAAUGUGGCCAGAUCUUAUUAAGAAAGCAAAAGAUGGUGGUCUUGAUGCCAUCGAAACAUAUAUAUUUUGGGACCUUCACGAACCUAUUCGCCGCCAAUAUGAUUUUUCUGAAAAUCUAGACUUCAUCAAGUUUCUAAAAAAUGUUCAUGAAGAAGGUCUUUAUGUUGUGCUUCGAAUUGGUCCUUAUGUUUGUGCUGAAUGGAACUAUGGAGGUUUCCCAAUGUGGUUACACAACUUGCCAGGGAUUCAACUAAGGACUGACAAUGUAGUUUUUAAGGAGGAAAUGAAAAUAUUCACAACAAAGAUUGUGACCUUGUGCAAAGAAGCUGGAUUGUUUGCACCACAAGGGGGGCCAAUUAUUUUAGCUCAAAUUGAGAAUGAAUAUGGAGAUGUCAUAACUAAUUAUGGAGAAGAUGGGAAUGCAUACAUUAAAUGGUGUGCCCAGAUGGCUUUAGCUCAAAAUGUCGGCGUCCCAUGGAUCAUGUGCAAGCAAAACAAUGCUCCAUCACCUAUUAUCAACACAUGCAAUGGUUAUUAUUGUGAUAAUUUCAAGCCAAACAAUCCUAAAAGCCCCAAAAUGUUUACAGAGAAUUGGGUUGGCUGGUUCCAAAAAUGGGGUGAAAGGAAGCCACACAGAACUGCUGAAGAUGUAGCAUUUUCAGUUGCACGUUUUUUUCAAAACGGUGGUGUCCUCCAAAACUACUACAUGUACCAUGGAGGAACAAAUUUUGGAAGAACUGCGGGUGGUCCAUAUAUUAUUACAGCAUAUGACUAUGAUGCACCACUUGAUGAAUAUGGUAACUUGAACCAACCAAAAUGGGGACAUCUUAAAAAACUCCAUGCCGCCAUAAAGUUAGGAGAGAAGGUUCUCACUAAUGGAACGGUUACAGAGAAGCAAUAUGGAGAUUCAGUAUAUUUGACUACAUAUGCAAAUAAUGCCACUGGAGAAAAUUUUUGUUUUUUGAGUAAUUCACAUAAUUCUAAGGAUGUUGAAGUUGAUCUACAACAAGAUGGAAAGUACCAUUUGCCUUCUUGGUCAGUGUCUAUUCUCCAAGAUUGCAACAAGGAAGUUUUCAACACUGCAAAGGUUGAUGCACAAACAAAUGUUUAUGUGAAGAAACUAUCUAAAGAAUUAGGAAACUCACUCAUCUGGACAUGGGCAUCUGACCCUGUGGAAGACACCUUACAAGCAAUAGGUACAUUUAACGCGUCUCAACUUUUAGAGCAAAAGAGUGUUACUGUUGAUGCUAGUGAUUAUUUGUGGUACAUGACCAAGGUUUUCAUCAAUGAAACAUCCACUUGGAGUAAUGCAACUUUGCAAGUGAACACAUCAGGCCAUGUUCUUCAUGCCUAUGUUAAUGGACAAUAUAUUGGCCCACAGUGGGGAACAUAUGAUAACCUUCGUUUUACAUAUGAAAAAAUCGUUUCGUUAAAACAAGGUACCAACAUUAUAAGUUUACUAAGUGGUACAGUUGGUCAUGCGCAUUAUGGUGCAUCUUUUGAUAUGAAAGAAACUGGUAUUGUUGGGGGUCCUGUGAAACUCAUUGCAACCAGUUCAGGUAAUACUAUGGAUUUAUCAAAAUCUAGUUGGUCAUACAAGGUUGGAUUAAACGGUGAGGCUAGAAGGUUCUAUGAUUCUAAAAUUAAAAAUGGAGUUCAAUGGAACAUAAACAAUGUUGUUAUAGGAAAACCAUUGACUUGGUACAAGACUACUUUUAAGACCCCUGAAGGUAAAGACUCUGUAGUCUUGGAUUUCAUAGGCCUUACAAAAGGACAUGCAUGGGUUAAUGGUCAAAGUAUUGGAAGGUAUUGGCCUACAAUGGUAGCUGACAAAAAUGGAUGUGAUAUUAAAUGUGAUUAUAGAGGAAAUUAUGGAGCUGAUAAAUGUUUGAGUGGCUGUGGAGAACCAUCUCAGAGGUUUUACCAUGUGCCAAGGUCAUUCUUAAAUAAUGACACAAAAAGUAACACGUUGGUUUUGUUUGAGGAAAUGGGUGGAAGCCCUUUUAAUGGAAAAACUAUUUCAGAAAUCCAGUUUGCGAGCUAUGGAGAUCCACAAGGAAAUUGUGGAUCAUUUCAAGUAGGUGAAUGGGAAUCACGCCAUAGUGUGGCAGUGGUCGAAAAAGCAUGUGGUGGAAAACAAUUAUGUUCAAUUAACGUGACAAGUUCCAUAUUUGGAAUAACUAAAGGUGGCAUAAAUGGCCAGCUAGCUGUGCAACUCCUAUGUGAUGGCUCUAAUCCUGAAGAUAAUCGUGUACAAAUGGUGCACGUGUAGUUCUAUAUUAUAAUUUGUCUCCAUGUUAGCACAUUCUAUAAUGUGUGACAUAUAUUUCUUUAUGUUAUAUUUUUCUGUUGGGCUCCACUUUUUAUUUUUAAAAUUUCAAUUUUUUACUUAUGCUACAACCUUAGUCAUCAUAGUUUCAUUUUCUUACUUUAGACUAGACAAAUAAACAAAAAAAGUAUAAAUAACUAUUAUUAUCUUAGAAAACAAAUUAGGAGUGUACAACUCCUAUGUGAUGACUUUGAUGAUGGGCUUUGAUUAUGUUCAGGUGCACUCUUAUAUCUUUUAUAUUUUCCUAUGCCACGUCAUAAUUUUUUUAUGUGACGAUCUUUAGAAUUAUAUUCUUUAGUGCAGUUCCU